UCUACAAAAGCCAUACGAGCUCCUAUUGAAUUUCUCCCCGCAAUAUUGCAAUUUGCAUCAGGGCAAAAAAGACUACCCUAUUCUGCACCUAAGAUGAUGGAGAAUGCGAAGUUGAAGCAUCUUUCCACCGCUGCCAACGAUGUCGUCCGGAGAUGUGCUCUGAAACUAGGCACUAGUGUUGAUAAAUUGGAGGAAGAGAUCGAAGCCGAAUAUUGGAAACCAGACGAGAGCACGAGUAAUAUUUGUAGUAAUGGAUAUUCAAGGAAGCUUGUGGAAUUUUGUAGUGCAAAGGCCCUUGCACAGGAGACGUGCCUAAACAUAGAAGAAAAUAUUAACGAUGGAUCAUUUAGCCGUUUCACGUUCGACAUGAUGAUUGCAUGGGAGAUGCCACGCUCUGCGGAUGAGGAGGCUUCUACGCAGGAGUGUGUGGCCAAAGAGAGAGAAGACAAGAAGAUACCUGUAAAAGUGGAUGAAGAACAAGAUGAUAUUCCACUUUUCUAUUCAGACGUCAUGCUACUCCUUGUUGAUGAUGGGCCAAAAGUUGGAGAAGAUGGAUUUGCGUGGUUUGCAUCACUGGUUCCAUUAGUUGCAGAUCCUGUUAAUGCAAGAUUUACCUUUGAAACUCUGACAACACCGACAGGCAAUCGGCUAUUUUUUCCUGCAUACGACAAAUUUCUAAAAGAAGUUGACAAAUGCACAAUACAUUUGCAUAAACAAGCCACACCAAAGGGUGUGGAGCUGGCUUACGAUGAAGUUAUAUUGCAUGUUGAGGGAACUGCAACCUCGCAGAGAGUGAUACGGCACAUCGGAGCAGGAAGUCAGCCUGCCUUUCCAGGUAGGCUUACCCUUACCAAUUAUGCUAUCUACUUUGAGGCUUCGGGAGUAAUAACAUAUGAAGAUGCAUUCAAAAUAGAUCUUUCAAAGGACACUGAACAUAGGGUGAGACCAGCUUGUACAGGACCAUGGGGUGCUCCACUUUUCGACAAGGCCGUAGUGUACGAGUCCCCUGAAUUAUCAGAAGAAGUGGUGCUUGAGUUCCCUGAGGUAGUGAGCUCCACAAGACGGGACCAUUGGCUUGCACUCAUAAAGGAGAUUAUGCUCAUGCAUAGGUUCUUAUCAAAAUACAGGGUGGAAUGUCGAACGCAAGCUUGGGAAAUUCAUGCAAGGACAAUAUUGGGGAUCAUAAGGCUUCAUGCUGCAAGGGAAUUACUAAGAAUAUCAGCCCCUGCUCCAACAAAAUUCUUAAUUUUCGCUUUGUUUGAUGAGUUGCCAAAGGGAGAUUAUAUACUGGAAGAACUUGCGGAGAGUCUAAAGAAGGUUAAUAGUAGGCACCCUUGCAGUGCAAGUUCCAUCCUCGUGGGGCUAAAUAUGUUUCUACCAAUCAUCUCAGAUGUGGAAGCAAAAGCAGUUGGUGAUAAAAGUAUGUGUGCAGUGGCUUUAGAUGAAAACCAGACCACAUUGGAAACUGUUAUUAACCAAGCUAGAGAGGAAGAAAAGAAUAUUGCUAUUGCUAAAGCUACCACUGAGGGUUUGAACGUGGAAGGAAUAGCUGAAAGCGCCUUUAUCUUUAAGGAGCUGCUAACGCCACCUAGAAGUGCAGUACUUUGGUUUCAAGAAAUUCUUACAUGGGAAAGACCUGCAAUUACCCUCAUGGUGCUUGCUGCAACUCUUAUAAUGAUCUACAAGGAGUGGGUUGGAAAGGCAAUCGCAUCUUUCCUUUUAUGGGUUGUGGCAAAGAUGCUUCAGGCAAGAAGAAAAAGGAUUAAUGAAAGGUGCAAUGAGAUUGUAGUUUGCACAGCCUCUGACCAGACUACAAUAGAGAGCAUAGUCUCAGCUCAGCAUGGAUUGCAAACUGUUCAUCAGUUGCUGCGAAAAGCAAAUAUAGCAGUAUUGAAACUAUGGUCAAUAUUCAUCUCAAAGGCUCGUGAGCAUGCAGAUAUGGUAAUGAUAGCAAUGAUUGGAUUAGCUAUCUUACUAGCAGUAAUUCCAUUGAAGUUCCUUCUUAUGGUGACCACGUUGUGUUUCUUCUCAAUGACAUCAAAGCUAGGGAAGCGCACGGGAAGCUGUCAAGAUCAAGGGAGCAGACGGCUGAAAGAAUGGUGGGAUUCGAUUCCAGUUAUCCCUGUCCGGGUUGUAGACAGCCCUACUUGCAGCUAAGCUUAUUCUUAUUUCAUUGAUUUUUAGAUCGAUCUUGUGCUUGUUUGUAAUAUAUACAGUACCUUCUCCCUCAUGUCGACGGCUCUCAAUGCUUGCAUUAGCAGUUAUGACUCAUGGAAUAUGCAAUAUAUCAUGGGAAAAGGAAUAAUCAGUUCAUGGAUA